AUGUCGGAAAACGCCGCCCCGGGGGCGCCCGCGCCGCGGAAACCAGGCCCCGCGCCCCCCCCCCCCGCAGCAGCAGCAGCAGCAGCAGCAGCAGCAGCAGCAGCAGCAGCAGCAGCGGCGCCCUGGAACGCCCGCUUCAGCGAAGCCGGCAGCCGCAAACCGCACCCCUGCCCCCACAGCAGCAGCUACUACCUCAAGUGCAUGCUGGGGGGCGUGCUGUCGUGCGGGCUGACGCACACGGCCGUGUGCCCGCUGGACGUGGUGAAGUGCCGCAUGCAGGUGCAGCCGCAGGAGUACAGGGGUUUGCUGCAGGGCUUUCGUUUGCUGCUGCAGCAGGAGGGGCCCCGGGGCCCCUGGCUGGGCUGGGGGCCCACGCUGUGCGGCUACGGCGCGCAGGGCCUCUUCAAGUUCGGCUGCUACGAGCUGUUCAAGGACUGCUACGGCAACCUGCUCGGCGAGCGCUGCUGCAGCAGCAGCAGCAGCAGGGGCCUCGUCUGGCUUGCUGCUGCUGCUUCUGCCGAGUUCAUUGCCGACUUGGCGCUUUGUCCCUUCGAAAUGAUUAAAGUCAAAAUCCAAACAAGUCCCCGCGGCCUCUGGCCCCGCAGCCUCGCGCCCGCAGCCAGGGAGAUGCUCCGCCUCCGCCGCGAGACCAAGUUCCCCUUUGGCUCCGUGGUGCCCCUCUGGAGUCGCCAAAUCCCCUACACGAUGGCCAAGUUUUUCUUCUUCGAAAAAAUUGUGGAAACUUUUUAUGACAAAGUUUUCACAAAGCCAAAAGAUAGUUAUUCAAAAGCCACGCAACUCGGAAUUACUUUUGCUUCUGGAUAUCUUUCUGGAAUUGUUUGCGCGGUGGUUUCUCACCCGGCGGAUUCUCUGGUCUCGCUCAUGGGCAAGGAGGAGAACAAAGGAAAGGGCUUUGGACAAAUGGCCCGGGACGUGGGCUACCGGCAACUCUUCACGAAGGGUUUAGGAACGAGGGUUUUGAUGAUUGGAACCCUCACGGGUUUGCAGUGGUGGAUCUAUGACAGCUUCAAAGCUGCCAUGGGCAUGGGCACCACUGGAGGAGCUUCAACAAAGAGGAAUUAA